CCAGUUCUCGGCAGGAUCAAUUUUGCAUUUCAUCUAAAUCCGAUGAGAAAAUGUUGGGGGAGGGGUAGCAUUUUGCCAACGUACAUUUUUUGAUGUCAUCCUUUGAUUUUCAAACUGCCUUCACAUAGCCAACAGUUAGUUAUGGGCGUUACUUUCAGGUAAAAUUGGCUUUCCUUGUUUGUAAAAGGGCGUUUUCUAGUGCUAAAAGAACGUGGCCUAAUUUUUUUGUUUUGUCCCCCCAGAGCGAAGUGGCUGGCGCCGCCAUUGGUCGAGUGUGGCGUUGUGCGGUAUUGCAGCAUGAACUUUAUUUAUCUAAUCUAAGAGUCCUAGGAACCUAUAUAUUGCAAACUGUUAUGGAAGAGUUUGAUGAUUUUCUUAAAUCGACCAAGGAGAGAAUUCAGAAUGUCAAUUAUUCUGGAUUUAAAAUAUUCCACCAAGUUUAAUACUAAUUUAUAUCUUCAUAAAGAUUAUAUACACUUUUCCCACUAUUAAUCCUUCAAUGCUGUUAAAUUUCCAAAGCUAAUUUUCGGUUGGCCAAAUUGAGCCUCAUUAUGCUGAAACUUAAUUGAAUAUUGAUCAUGUGAUAAAUCGGUCAAACACAGGGGACAUAUGCGUCUUAUUUCGAAGUCUACUGAACUGUAGUGUUUUGAAAAUAACCUUACCGUGAGCUUUAAUUUGUUGUCCAUUGAGAUCCUUCAGUGAAAUAGUAUUUAUUCAUUUAUAAGUCACCUCAUAAUGCUGAACAAAAAUUAUUGUUGGGCUUCGAAAGAAAAAUGAAACUUCUAUUAAUUUUUAAUGGAAGUAUGCAUGAAAUUUCGAAGCCAGUGGAUUCAAUUUGUGCAAUUAUGAUUGCAGUGGACACGUGUUCGGAUUCUAAAAGGAAAAUAACCUGGAUAAUAACUACCCCAUUACUUGGGGGUAUUAAUUGAGACAAGUCAUUUUUUGAAUUGCUGAACACAUCCUAUACCCCCGUCUUCAAAAGCAUUAAUUAAGUAAUCUGUUUAUGUCAAGCGAUUUUCCCGGUGGUUGCAAGAAUGAUAUUGUUAAUCUCUUACCCAGGUUGUAUAAAUAUUUUAGUCGAGUUUUAAAGUAAGGUGAUAUUUGGUGGAUUUUGAACUGUUUCUCUACACAAUACCCUUCGCAUAACUCUGAAGUAAUUGUUAAAUAAAGACACGCGACGCGCACUGUUAGAAGCGUGACUUUAUCGUCAACUUUACGAGAUGACGAAAACAGAGGAAAUUUUGUUGACGUCAAACGACAAGAACAACGAAAGAGCUGGUUGAUGAAGAUCAGCAUAUAAUGAUUGCAUUGAGUAACUUCGUGUUGCUUUUUCUCGCAAUUUUUGAUCGACACACCAUGGCAGACAAGAAAUUGAACUUUUUGUCGCCGUCUCAUGCAGAGAGAAGUCAACCAAAGUCGGGGAGCAAAAUCGACAUGAAGGAUCGAAAGAAAACAUACAAGAAAGAAAAAAGAAGAGUGGCCAAGGAAGUCUCUUCAGCAUUGAAGGACAGAAGUGUCGUUAUUUUGUCUUCCUGGCUUAAGAUCAGAGGAACAUUGAAGAGCUGGGCGAAGUUCUGGUGUGUUGUGAAACCUGGUUGGCUCGUUAUUUACAAAAGCAAUAAGCAUCAUCAUUGGGUAGGAACUGUGGUCCUUGCAUGUUGUGAAGCCAUAGAACGGCCAUCGUCUAAGGAGGGUUACUGUUUCAAGCUGUUUCAUCCACUCAAAGAAAGUAUAUGGAGUACAAAGGGUCCAAAAGGAGAGAUUGCUGGCUCGUUAGCCCAGCCAAUGCCCAGGGAUCACCUCAUUCUUCGUGCUCCAACGAUAUCAAUGGGUCACUGCUGGAUGGAUGCGAUAGAAGUUGCACAGAAAUCGAGUUUUAUCAACCCAGAGAAAGUCAUGAUAAGUGAUUUGUAUGGCGGAAAAGAUGGUUCAGAGCUAGGAAAUGACGAUGAACAUGACGAAGAUGCGUUUGCUGCUGAGAAAUCAGAUGAUGUUUCAAGCAUCGAUGACAAUGACCAUUCUGAUAAAGCUGAAAACGAAGAAUUGUUCAGCCAUGCAGUUGAAAUGGAGCCUCAUGAAGAAUCUGAAUACUCGGUAGCUACAAUCGAAUAUCUCGGCGAGGAAGGAGAGGCUGUUGAAGAAAUGGAGGAGGACAAUAAAAGUAUUUUGUGGGCUUUACUCAAGCAGGUUCGACCUGGCAUGGAUUUAUCCAAAGUCACGCUGCCUACCUUUAUUCUGGAGCCGAGAUCGUUCUUGGAUAAAUUAUCAGACUAUUAUUAUCAUGCAGAUUACCUUGCAAAGGCUGCAUGCGAAGAAGACCCUUACAUAAGGAUAAAAGAAGUUGUCAAGUGGUAUCUAUCGGGCUUUUACAAGAAACCAAAGGGAUUGAAGAAACCAUACAACCCUAUCAUUGGCGAGACUUUCCGUUGCAUGUGGCCAAAUCAAGGUAACGGAUCGAAAACAUUUUUCAUCGCGGAGCAAGUGUCCCAUCAUCCUCCUGUCUCCGCAUUCUAUUGUUCGAACAGGAAAGAUGGCUACGUCACUUACGGAUCUAUUCUUGCAAAGUCAAAAUUUUACGGGAAUUCUUCUUCCGCCAUUUUGGAUGGAACUGCAACAGUUACGCUUUUGCGACUUGGCGAAGAUUAUGUCGUAAAUAUGCCAUAUGCUCACAUCAAAGGAAUACUGCUUGGAACGUUAACAGCCGAGAUGGGUGGAAAGGUGGUGAUAAAAUGUGAAAAAACUGGGUAUAGUGCAGAAAUCGAGUUCAAAUUGAAGCCAUUUUGGAACAAAAGUGCACAGAGUAACAAGAUUAGUGGCAAAAUUAAAAUGAGCAAAGAUGUAUUAUCUAAAAUUGAAGGAAAAUGGGAUGCAGAAAUCUUCAUUACAGAAUAUUCUCAAAGAGAUUCGCAGGAUGAUGAACCUUUGGCAGAGAUAUUUUUCGACCCUGUAGAAGCGAAGAAAGACCGACUUAAACGUUUCACAGUCGAUGCGAAGAAUCAGGAAGAUUUUGAAUCAGAGAAACUUUGGGCGAAGGUCACAGAAGCUAUCAAAACACAAGAUCAGGAAUCGGCAACAAGAGAAAAGUUAGUUUUGGAAGACAACCAACGCGCCUUACACAAAGAACUGAAAGAAAAGGCUGAAGAUUGGAAACCAAGAUUCUUUGAGCGUGACCCCCUGGCAGAUAGUCCUCAUACUUGGAUAUACAAAUACAACGAUCUACGACCCUGGGAUCAAGGCACAGAUCUCAGUCAAUACGAACACAAGUGUAUCAUCAAAACAGUCAAUCGACACGUGGCUCCAGUGUUCAAGCGAUGUGCCAGCAUUCCUAACGUCAAAUCUUCAACUCUUCGGCCGUCUGUUUCCAACAGAUUACCAAGCAUAGUGGAGCCUCGUCGUGAUGAUUUUGUACCAAAACGAGACAUCUCUUGUCAAGGAGAUCUGGACAGGUCAAGUCAUGAAAAUUUGCCAGGUAGCAGUGAGGACGAUUCAGACACCAGGUCCCAUCUUCAUGUCUCGACAGAUACACAUCUUUCUGUGGAGGAGCAAAUAAAACCUCUCAUUCAUUCUCAGCAAGAGGUUCAACGGCAUUUGUCAGCGCUGAGAAUGGACAUGAGUCGCCUCAAGGAUUACCAAAUGGCUUCAGGUGGAUUAGCUCUAAAAGAUUGGUUUGCAAUUGUUUCAUUGCUAAUUCUACAUAUUUUAGCAUUAAGUUAUAUUAACAAUAGACGUUAAUAUACUAAAUAAAUUUAAUUAAUCAUUACAAAAUACAUUAGUUAUUCGCUACUAAAUUCAUUAAAUCGAUCACACCUAAGUGGAGCAUUAACAUUAAUACAACUGAAUUAUGAAAUAAGGUGUGUAGCAUUGUGUGCUUUUAUCAGAGUGGAUUUGAUGACACAAUAUUUAAAUUAUGCAGAUUAUGCGCAUCACGUGAGCUAGAAAUAUUUAUCAUUUGUUGUUAAUUAGCGUAGAUCUUAGAAAAUUUAAUUAUGUUUUACCCUAUCUCAGAAAAUCGAAAACUGCCUAGAGUUUCAUGCUUACUCGUGUUAAACUGUAUGAUGCAUUAAUUUCAUAACAAUUUACCUGAACCUGAUAAAAACAUACUUAAUUGACCCUUUUUUACACAUGUAUAUUUGUUUUUAUAAUUUUUAGGAAUUUCUCUUGUUUGCCAUUCUCUGCCGCAUUCUUCUUUCGUCUUUUUUCCCUAUUAUUUUCCAAUCUUUUCAUUUCCCCCUUAUUCUAUCUCUCUUGUCUUCCUUCUUAUUCUUCUUAUCAUUCUUCAACCUUCUUAUCGUAACAUAUCCUCUUUUUUCUAUCUUAUCCUUUUCCCUGGUUGUUCUAUCUUCUUCUAAUACUUUUCAAAAUUUAACAAUGUUCCGUAAACUUUAUCUUUAAUUUUUUUAAUUUUUUAGUUUAAUCUUUCUUCUUCUUAUAUUUUCUUCUCUUUUUCUUCUCGUUUUCUCCUUCUUUUAAUUCUUUGUCUUCUUCAUUUUCUUCUCUUUAACUUUAAACAGCUGAAUCACUUAUAGUGGAAGUAGCAGACCCUGCACUUGACAUGUUCACGCUAAGUUAUGAUAUCAACAACUUAUUUUAAUGGUUUAUUACAUACAGCAGUUUUUCUAAGAAAGUAAGCUAAGGGGUUUAUGAAUUUACUUAAUUUUCUUACAAUAUUUUCAUUUUAUGUAACUAUAUAAGUAGAAUUAGUUUAAUUUUUGAAAUGGCCUGACAGGUCGCAUAGGAUGUUAUUUGAUUCGAGAAAAGAAUCCUUAGAUUUUGCGUGGUAGAACAUAAUCAAAUUUCAAACUUCUCAGCUCCCUCGUUGUCGCAAGGACGGUUUCUGUAAGAUUUGGGUGAUGUAUUUUGUCAUUUCCAUUGAACCUUCCCAAACAAAGAAACAUGCAUUCUUAAGAAACUCACAUUCUGAUUUUUUGUUAAAAGUUCCAUGAAAUCAAAUUUGAAGUUCAAGAAAAAGCUCUUACAAGUCAUUUAGAAAGAGAAAGAUCUCGAACAUUUAGGGAAAUAUUUUAUAGCGAAUUCAAUAUAAUGAAAGUUACUGGUUACAUGUCUGCCAUAAAGUUGUGCACGCUUUUGGUGUAAAGAACAGGACGGUUCUAAGUUGCUACUCCGGUUUCACGCCGAGGAGCGUGAAAUGUUGUUUUGGUGUCCAGGUACCUAGACCUUCCUGGCUCCUAACCUGAUUUCCAUUUCUUUUGCUUUCUGUUGUCAGGUCGUAGCAUGAAGCCACAUAUAUACAUCAUGAAGUCAGCGGCGGUGGUUAGAUUGGGGUCCAUACCCUUUUGAACGUCAGAUAACGCCCUUUUCAAAGAUAUUUCUUGCCAAGACCGAGAUACAAUUUUUUUUUAGGGGGGGGCAGUCCUGAUAAAUACGUCUAACAACAGACAUAUUUUACAAAAUAAAAGUAUUUUACUUAUUCUACUCAAGGUUUUUUUGGAAGGCCAAGCCCCCCCCCCCCCGGCCUCCUGAUAUCUCGGUCCUUAAUUUCUUGCCAUUGGGGAAAUGGCUUCGCCCCCUCUCGCCUUCCCCUCACUGCGCUACUAUAUGAAGUAUUCUAUAUUCUAGCAAAUUCCUCACAGAUUUCCCAGUCCAUUGUCUAUAGAUAUUUUUUCACGAAACAGAAUACCUUUAAAAGAUAUAUGUUUUCUAAACAAAAACAGAAAUGGAAGAUACUUAACUGAUAUUCACCUAAGAAUAACCAAUGUUAGUGUCCUUUUUCAUUAAAAUGUAUUUAUAUAUCUUAGACAUAAUUACAAGUCAUACAAAAUAAAACCCAAUUAUUAUAUUUAAUAUCUUAUACAAUUUUACUGCCGUAUCCUAGGAAGAUUGCUUCAUGGUAAAAAGAUAUAAUAAUGUACAAGCUACUAUGCGAAUAAUGUGGAAUAUCAGUUUAACUAAUUUAGGAUUCGCAUUGUUUUCAGUUAUUUUGCUUGUAAUCAGGUGAAAAUUUUAUAUCCUGAUAUUAGUCCUUUUUGUCAAUUCAAAAGUACGGAGUGGUAUCAAAAGUAUUGUUGCAAAAUGAACACAAAUAUAUUUUAAUCGUAUUAAUGUUAGGCCUUCAUUUGAUUUUAUUGAAAAAUAUUUGGUGUGA